CGGAACCCUUGCGCGCUCUUGCCUCCCCUGUGGCUGAACUUGCCGGCAAUGCGUCGGGAGAGAAGAAGGAGCGCCGGGCUGGCUGCGGGUGGGGGGGCCGCCCCCGAAGCGGGAGGAGGCGGCAAGGAGGCGCCCGCCGAGAGCGCUUGCCGGUCGCCCCCUCCUCUCGGCUCCCUCGGAGGAAGGAACACAUUGCAACUAGAAGCGCUUUGAGAACAUUGAAGUCUUCGAAAGAAACCUCCUUUAAAUGGAGGAGGUUUUAAGUGACUGCUGCUACCUAAUCCUUUGCUCUCUUUCUGUGUGACUACACGGGCUCUCCAACAGAUUCUCUUCCUUUUCUGCUGUCAUUCAGUUUAUCAUCUUUCUAGCAUCCUCCAGUGCCAGCCUCGUCGUGACCAUGGCCGUGAGAAGGAGCACGAGCAAGCAUUUCACAGCAGGGCUUCAAGGGAGUGUGCGAGAGCUCACAAGUUGGAGCGAAAACAUUGCUGGUCAAAGAAUGUAGUGACGGGAAAUCCACUGUCUGGCUCUUGGACUGGGACCUGAAUCAAGAAGGGGGGGCUCCUUGCUGCCUCCCAGCUGAUGAGGUCAGCUGUUCAAAGGGACCUGAGGAUGCCUAGGCACAGGCAAAGCAGUCACCCAGUCCAGCGGUUGGUUUGUGUGCGCAGUCAGAGCAUAGAAACCUGAAUGAAUAUUAACCAUGACCAAAAAAGGUGCCCUUACGUCUCGUGCGCCGCUGGAGACCUGCAUUCCCUUGCUUUUGUGAUACGAGGUCGACACAGCUUUAACUGCACAUCUUUCGUUAUUUAACCCUCCAGGUCAUGAGCCCCCAGGACACAAAUUCCAGGGAUUCAUUAAAAAUGGAUGCAAACGGUUCUUCUUCAACACAUUUGUAGUUUUUUAUUUGGAAAGAAACUAGUGAAGCAUUUGAUGGGAUGGAAAAUGGAUGUGGAAUAAAUGUACUUCUGGACUGGCAUUUUGACUUCCCAAUAGUUUCUGCUUAAACUUCCAUGGAUCCUGUUGUUAUGUCCGGGUCAGCAUUACUGAGCUCUCUCUGUGGACCAGCGUAUUAAAACCCACGAAUAUGUGAUUUCCCUGGACUAUGACCACAGGACAUCAUAAUGGCAGUUUAGGGAGCCACCGGUAUGUUAGAUGGAAUCGGGAAGAUAGUGGCGAAGACUAUACCAAGAGCGAGGUCUACGCGGAGGAUAAGCAGGGCAGGCAGCGCCGGUUGACCCCUUUUGAGAAGCUCACUCUGGAUAUGUCUCAGGAUGAGAAGGUGGUGAAAGAAUUAACCCUGGGGAAGAGGAUUGGGUUUUACCGAAUCAGAGGAGAAAUUGGCAGCGGGAAUUUCUCCCAAGUCAAACUCGGAAUUCAUUCUCUGACCAAAGAAAAAGUAGCUAUCAAGAUUUUAGAUAAGACGAAAUUAGACCAGAAAACACAGCGAUUGCUUUCCCGUGAGAUUUCCAGCAUGGAGAAGCUGCACCACCCCAAUGUCAUCCGACUUUAUGAGGUUAUGGAGACGCUGUCUAAACUGCACCUGGUGAUGGAAUAUGCUGGUGGAGGGGAGCUCUUUGCUAAAAUCACAACCGAAGGGAAGUUACCAGAAGUGGAGAGCAAACACAUAUUCUCUCAGAUUGUGUCUGCUGUAAAACAUAUGCAUGAAAAGAACAUCAUUCACCGGGACCUGAAAGCAGAAAAUGUAUUUUACACCAGUAACACCUGUGUUAAAGUAGGAGAUUUUGGAUUCAGUACCAUUAGUCGAAAAGAAGAGGCCCUUAACACCUUCUGUGGUUCUCCUCCUUAUGCCGCCCCAGAGCUUUUCAAAGACGAAAGCUACAUUGGGGUUUAUGUGGACAUCUGGGCACUAGGCAUUCUUCUUUAUUUCAUGACGACAGGACUCAUGCCCUUUCGGGCGGACACAGUGGCCAAACUGAAGAAGUGCAUUCUUGAGGGGAUGUAUGUAUUCCCACCGUUCCUGUCAAAACCUUGCCAGGAGCUGAUCCGGGGGGUCCUCCAGCCAGUACCGUUGGAGCGCUAUUCCAUCGAGCACAUAAUGAGCAGCGAGUGGAUGAAGGGAGUGCAAUAUCCGAAGCCCUUGGAGCCAUUUAAAUUGGAUCCAAAAUAUCUGUCAGAGAAUGGAACACUCCGAGAAGAAGAUGCUGAGGUAAAAAAUGUCCUGAACAAUUUGGGAAUCACAGAGGAACUUAUUCAAAACAACCGUGGGAGAGAUUCUCGCAGCUCAAUAACUGGGAUCUACAGAAUUGUUUUACAUAGGGUCCAAAAGAAACGGGCCAUGGAGGCUGUUCCUAUAAUCACCCAACCAGAACCCAGAGAGCAAGAGACAAAAAAAGAACAUUGUACUUACCGAGGCCUCAAACAUUCAUCUAAGCUCUGUUUAAUUUUAUAAACAGCAUAGCUGGUUCAAUAUUCAGCAAACCUUAGAGAUAUGUUUGAUUUGACACCAGUGUGCUCUUUCUCUUAGCAUUUUUGUAAUUUUGAAAUAAACUUUUUAAAAAAUGA